AUACAAGCUAGACAAAGAAUACAAUUUUUAGUGUCACAUUCCACUCUCUCAAAAUCUGAUAUUUAUCUCAAUCAAGAGACAUUUAACUGGCAUAACAGGAUCCCCAAGAUAUUUGAAGAACACGAGGAGAUUGUUAAACAGUCACAGAAGGAGGCUGAAGAUGGUCUCAAGUUGCGUCGCGAGAGGUUCUUGUCUGAAUUGGAAGGCUAUGCCAAGCAAAUUGAAGAGUUUGAGACAUUCGGAGACUUACAAGAAAUACAGAGAUACCUCAAGAAAGGACAGGCACUAAGAACAAAACUUGAAGAAGCACAAACCAAAAUUGAAGGGUUCAAUAGUGAAGAGGAUGCCUUUGAUUGGGAGAGGACACAGUAUCCUCUGAGGAAUAAGCUAUACAAUACAUUGGACCCUUACUAUAAACUCUAUGAGACCAUCACUGAGUUUCAAACAAAGAGCGACUUAUGGAUGGAUGGUCCUAUGAGUGGUGUGGACCCAGACCAGGUUGAGAAUGAAGCUGGUGGCAUGUGGAGAGCAUUGUAUAAACUGGAGAAGACAUUCAGUGAAAACCCAAACCCACUGAAAAUGGCACAAAAGGUUAAAGGACGUGUUGAUGAGUUUAAGGAGCUCUUACCAUUGAUUGGUGCCCUGUUUAAUCCUGGACUAAGAGAGCGUCACUGGAUGAAAAUGAGUGAACUAGCUGGCAGAGAACUCAUGCCCACUAUAGAUUCUAAUCUAAGGAGCUAUAUUGAGAUGAAUCUUGAUCAAUAUUUGGAACAGUUUGAGGCCAUUAGUGAAGCAGCUAGUAAAGAACACUCACUUGAGAAAGCAAUGGAGAAGAUGAUAUCAGAAUGGGAUGAUAUGGAGUUUGUGUUGAUAGCGUACCGAGAGACUGGUACUAGGAUACUGUCCUCUAUUGAUGAUAUUCAGAACCUUCUUGAUGAUCAUAUUGUGAAGACACAGACAAUGAGAGGAUCACCAUUCAUUAAACCAUUUGAAAAUGAAAUAAAGGACUGGGAGUUCAAGCUGUUGAAUGUGCAAGAGAUCAUUGAUGAGUGGCUAAAGGUUCAAGCCACGUGGCUCUACUUGGAGCCUAUAUUCUCUUCCCCUGAUAUAAUGGCUCAAAUGCCUGAGGAGGGAAGGAGGUUCACACAAGUGGACAAGAACUGGAGGGAGAUUAUGAAAGCAGCAAUAAAUGAUACUCAUGUGCUUGUUGUGACUACAAGUGUUGAGAACAUGCUGGAGAGACUAAAGAAAUCAAAUGAAUUAUUAGAAUUGAUAUUAAAGGGUCUGAAUGAGUACCUUGAAAAGAAGAGGUUGUAUUUCCCUCGUUUCUUCUUCCUUUCUAAUGAUGAGAUGUUGGAGAUACUCUCAGAGACUAAGGACCCAACAAGAGUCCAGCCUCACUUGAAGAAAUGCUUUGAAGGAAUUGCUAAACUAACAUUUACUGAAGACCUGGACAUAACACAGAUGAGGAGCUCAGAAGGAGAGAUUGUUCCAUUGAAGGAUGUCAUUUCUACAUCAAAGGCUAGAGGGCAGGUUGAGAAGUGGCUGCUAGAGCUAGAGGGCCUUAUGGUGUCCAGUAUUCACAAGGUAAUUGAGGAGUCAUUGGCUGCUUAUGCAGUGACCAAGCGUGUGGAGUGGGUUGUAUCGUGGCCUGGUCAGGCUGUACUCUGUGUGUCCCAGAAGUACUGGACUGCUUAUGUGAAUGAGUCCAUAUUGAAAGGACCUGCUGAACUGAAAGCAUACCUUGAGACCAACAACAAACAGAUUGAUGAUAUUGUUAGUCUUGUGAGAGGGAAACUGAACAAACAGAACAGGACCACACUUGGUGCUCUUAUAGUCCUGGAUGUUCACUCCAGGGAUGUACUAACUAAACUAGUCAAAGACAAUGUUAACAGUGAUACUGAUUUUGAGUGGUUGAGUCAGCUACGUUAUUACUGGGAGGACGACAACAUGAUCACUCGUAUGAUAAACUCAUCUCUUGCUUAUGGCUAUGAAUAUCUGGGUAAUUCAUCACGUCUUGUCAUCACACCACUCACUGACAGAUGUUAUCGUACUUUAUUUGGUGCCCUUCAUCUUCAUUUGGGAGGUGCCCCAGAGGGUCCUGCUGGUACUGGGAAAACCGAAACUGUUAAAGAUUUAGCUAAAGCAGUUGCUAAACAAUGUGUGGUUUUCAAUUGUUCUGAUGGUCUUGAUUACAUUGCUUUGGGUAAAUUCUUUAAAGGUUUAGCUUCUUGUGGUGCAUGGUCAUGCUUUGAUGAGUUCAAUCGUAUUGACUUGGAAGUGUUGUCUGUUGUUGCCCAGCAGAUAUUAACAAUUCAAAUUGGUAAUUACACACAUUAUCCCAAAGAUGUAUUCUGUACACGUAUUCAUGUUCAUGUAGGUAUUAAUUCUGGUGCAUCAGUAUUGCUGUUUGAAGGAACAGAGAUUAAAUUGGAUCCUACCUGUUCUGUGUUUAUAACAAUGAAUCCUGGUUAUGCUGGUCGCUCUGAAUUGCCCGAUAAUCUUAAAGCUCUCUUCAGGCCAGUGGCUAUGAUGGUUCCUGAUUAUGCAUUGAUUGCUGAGAUUGUAUUGUAUUCUUGUGGUUUUGUAAAUGCACGCCCUCUCUCAGUUAAGAUUGUAGCUACAUACAGGUUGUGCUCGGAGCAGUUAUCCAGUCAGCAUCAUUAUGAUUAUGGUAUGAGGGCAGUGAAGUCAGUGCUGACGGCUGCUGGUAACCUUAAGCUACAGUAUCCUGAUGAAGAUGAAGAUAUCCUCAUGCUUAGGUCAAUCAAAGAUGUCAACUUACCAAAGUUUUUGUCACACGAUCUACCACUUUUCUCUGGUAUUACUUCUGAUCUCUUCCCUGGAGUUGAAUUACCCAAGCCUGAUUAUUCUGUACUGGCGCCAGCCAUUGAAGAAAACUGUGCUAAGAUGAAUUUACAAUGCACUGAAGUAUUUAUGGAGAAGAUACUCCAGGUAUAUGAGAUGAUGAUUGUUCGUCAUGGUUUCAUGUUGGUUGGUGAGCCUUUCGGUGGAAAGACAAGUUCAUACAGAGUCCUAGCUGGAGCACUGGGUGACAUAUGUGAGAAGGGUUUAAUGGAUGAGAACAAGGUGGAGAUCAUUGUGAUCAACCCAAAGAGUAUCACAAUGGGUCAACUGUAUGGUAGUUUUGAUCCAGUGUCCCACGAGUGGUCUGAUGGUGUACUGGCUGUCAGUUAUAGGAAGUUUGCCUCAUCCACAACUCCUGAUCGUAAGUGGCUUAUUUUUGAUGGGCCAGUUGAUGCCAUUUGGAUUGAGAAUAUGAACACUGUACUGGAUGAUAAUAAAAAGCUUUGUCUCAUGAGUGGAGAGAUUAUCCAGUUAGCUCCAACUACUAAUCUUAUAUUUGAGCCCAUGGACCUAGAGGUUGCUUCACCAGCCACUGUAUCACGCUGUGGUAUGGUGUAUCUAGAGCCACACACGUUAGGCUGGCAUCCUUUAUUAAAGAGCUGGUUGAAUACGCUGGACACUGUAUUGGGCAAUCAUAAAGAACUUGUUAGUGAUAUGUAUCUUCGUAUGCUUCAACCCUGCCUGGAUUUUGUGAGGAAGGCCGGAUUUAAGGAGCUCUCUCCAACCUCUAAUGCUAAUCUGACUAGGAGCCUUAUGAACAUUCAUGAAUGCUUGAUGGAUGAGUUUAAAGACGAACAGAAAUCAAAGGGAAUUUCCGAUGAACAAAAGCAUGCAUGGCUAAUGGGCUCAUUUCUAUUUGCUAUUGUAUGGUCUGUUGGUGCUAGUGUUGGUAAUGAUGGACGUAAAGCUUUUGACAUUCUCAUUAAGGAACUUGCUACUGGUCCUCUUCUACCAGCCACUCAGUCUAAGUUCCGUAUAUUAGACUCAGUUGGACCUCCUAAGAAGUCUUUUCCUGUUCCAUACCCUGAAGAAGGGACUGUCUUUGACUACCAGUUUGUGAAAGAGGGUCUGGGCCAAUGGGUACCUUGGACAAAUGCUAUUGAAGAUGCUCCUCCUAUUGCAAAGGAUGCUUUGUUUAAUUCCAUCAUAGUCCCAACUGUGGACACAAUAAGGUAUACAUACCUUAUGGAGCUUCUAGUCACUCAUGAGAAGCCAACACUCUUUGUGGGUCCUACUGGUACAGGAAAAUCAGUUUAUGUCACCGAUUUUGUAUUGAAUAAGCUCCCUAAAGAUGUUUAUAAGCCAGUUCAAGUUAACUUUUCAGCACAGACCACUGCAAACCAAACACAAAACAUCAUAUUGUCUAAACUGGACAAGAGGAGGAAGGGAGUGUUUGGACCUCCAUUAGGAUGGAAAACAAUUGUGUUUGUUGAUGAUAUGAAUAUGCCUGCUAGAGAAGUAUAUGGGGCACAGCCUCCCAUUGAAUUACUCAGACAAUGGCUGGAUCACUGGAACUGGUAUGAUUUGAAAGAGAACACUGCCAUGAAGCUUGUUGAUGUCCUGCUGGUAGCAGCAAUGGGUCCACCAGGAGGUGGUCGUAACCCCAUCACUCCUCGCUUCCUCCGUCACUUCAAUACAGUCACCAUCAAUGAGUUUGAUGAUGACACAAUGAAACUCAUAUUUGGACGUAUUGUUGACUGGCAUGUUACAAAGAGCUUUACUCCUGAUUUUAAGCCAAUUAUUGAUGAGAUAGUAGGUGCUACACUCCUUGUGUAUAAGGAAGCAAUGGCAAACUUGCUGCCCACACCAACAAAAUCACAUUAUCUUUUUAAUCUUCGGGAUUUCGGUCGUGUCAUUCAGGGUGUCCUUUUGGGUAACAAUACUAAUAUUUCAUCGAUGGAUAGUUUGAAGAGAUUAUGGACACACGAAGUGAUGAGGGUCUAUUAUGAUAGAUUGGUUGAUGAUGCUGAUAGGAAAUGGCUUGUUGAGGCACUUGGGAAAUGUUUGUCCCAGGAAUUCAAAACUGACUUUAAUGAGCUAUUCAAGCAUCUUGACUUCAACAAUGAUGGUAAAGUUGAAGAGGAUGAUCUUCGUAGUUUGAUGUUUUGUGAUUUUGUUGAUCCUAAGAAUGAUGCCAAGCCUUAUACUGAAGUAUCGAAUGUUGAUAAAGUCCGUGUUGUGGUUGAGAACUAUCUUGACGAGUUUAAUAACGUAUCCAAGAAACCAAUGAACUUGGUAUUAUUCCGUUUUGCGUUGGAGCAUGUGAGUCGUAUCAGUCGUAUCAUCAAGCAGCCUAGGAGCCAUGCACUGCUGGUGGGGGUGGGAGGCUCUGGAAGACAAUCACUGACAAGACUAGCAGCUUAUAUGUCAGACUGUGAACUGUUUCAAGUGGAGAUCACUAAAGGCUACACUAGUGUUGAAUGGAGAGAAGAUAUGAAGAAGAUAUUACGUCGAGCAGCUGAGGGAAGCAGUCCUGCUGUAUUCCUCUUCACUGAUACCCAGAUAAAGCAAGAGAGCUUCCUUGAGGACAUCAGCAAUCUAUUAAACAUUGGAGAGGUACCCAACAUGUUUCCUAUUGAUGAAAGGAAUGAGAUAUGUGAUAAAAUGAGACAAAUAGACAAGCAGCGUGAAAAAUCCAAGCAAACUGAUGGUACCCCAUUAGCUCUGUUCAACAUGUUUGUGGACAGAGUGAGGAAUCAGCUUCAUAUUGUACUGGCCAUGAGUCCUAUCGGUGAAGCACUUAGGAAUCGCCUGAGGCAGUUCCCAUCACUAGUUAACUGCUGUACUAUCGAUUGGUUCCAAAGCUGGCCUAAUGAUGCACUGACUAUUGUUGCACAAAGGUUCCUUGAGGAUGUUGAAAUGGAAGACGUUGCUAAGGAAGGAUGCGUGGAAAUGUGUAAGGAGUUCCAUCAGUCAACUCGUACUCUCUCUAACAAAUUCCUGGAUAUUCUUCAGAGACACAAUUAUGUGACCCCAACCUCUUACCUGGAGCUGAUAUCAACUUAUAAAACACUACUGGCUAGAAAGAGAGCUGAGGUUUUGAAACUAAAGAAAAGGUAUGAAGUUGGUCUUGAGAAGCUGGAGUCAGCUAGUGAUCAAGUAGCUGGGAUGCAGGCUGAACUGGAGGCAUUGCAGCCUGAGCUUAAAGUUGCAAGCAAAAAGGUUGCAGAGAUGAUGAUUGUGAUUGAGAAGGAGUCCAAGGAGGUUGCUGAGCAAGCUAAAGUUGUCAAAAGUGAUGAAGCAGUUGCUAAUCAACAAGCAAGUGAAGCUCAAGCUAUCAAGGAUGAGUGUGAUGCUGAUCUGGCUGAAGCAAUACCAGUACUGGAGUCUGCACUCGCUGCAUUGAAUACAUUAACAGCACAGGACAUCACUGUAGUGAAGGCAAUGAAGCAGCCCCCGGCAGGAGUAAAACUAGUCAUGGAAGCAAUCUGUAUCCUUAAAGGAGUCAAACCUGACAGGAUCCCAGACCCUUCGGGCAGUGGAAAGAAAAUUGAAGACUUUUGGGGACCAUCAAAGAAAGUCCUGGGAGACAUGAAUUUUUUGAAAUCACUAAAAGAUUUUGACAAGGAUAGCAUACCACCUCCUGUUGUGGCAAAGAUUCGUAAAGAUUAUACAACCAACCCAGAGUUUGAUCCAGCUAAGAUUAAGACAGCCUCUACAGCAGCUGAGGGAUUGUGUAGGUGGGUCAUUGCUAUGGAGCAGUAUGAUAGGGUCGCUCGUGUUGUUGAGCCAAAGAAAGUCAAACUGAAAGAGUCAGAGAAGAAGCUAGCAGUAGCUAUGGAAAGUUUGAAUGCUAAGAGAGCCAGCCUGAAAGCAGUUCAAGACAAGUUAGCUGAUCUUCAAGCACAGUUUGAGGAAAAUACAAAGAAGAAGGCUGACCUUGAGUACCAGGUUGACAUGUGCUCUAAAAAACUUGACAGAGCAGAGAAACUAAUAGGUGGCCUGGGAGGAGAGAAAGACAGAUGGGGCAAAGCAGCAACUGAGCUAGCAGUACAGUACGACAACCUAACAGGAGACGUGCUCAUAUCUGCUGGAGUUGUAGCGUACCUUGGGACAUUCACAUCAGCAUUCAGACAGGAGCAGAUAACAUACUGGAGCGAAGGCUGCAAAGAGAGAGGACUCCCUUGUAGUGACAGCUUCUCUUUGAAUAGCACAUUGGGUGAGCCAGUCAAGAUAAGAGAAUGGACUAUUGCUGGACUACCCACUGAUUCAUUCUCUAUUGAAAAUGGAAUCAUUAUUGCUAACGCUCGUCGCUGGCCGCUAAUGAUUGAUCCACAGGGCCAGGCUAAUAAGUGGAUUAAGAAUAUGGAGAAGGCUAAUAAUCUUCAUGUCAUUAAGCUAACUAAUGCUGAUUUCGUUCGUACACUUGAGAACUGCAUACAGUUUGGAACACCAGUGCUCCUUGAGAAUGUUGGUGAGGAAUUGGAUCCAAUAUUAGAGCCAAUAUUACUAAAGCAGACUUUCAAGCAAGGUGGGAGUAUCUGUAUUAGACUUGGUGACAGCACUAUUGAGUACUCUAAGGAUUUCAGGUUUUAUAUAACAACAAAGCUGCGCAAUCCUCAUUAUCUGCCAGAGACAUCAGUUAAAGUCACUUUGCUUAACUUUAUGAUCACCAUAGAGGGCCUGCAGGAUCAGCUACUGGGUAUUGUUGUUGCUAAAGAAAGACCCGAACUGGAGGAAGAAAAGUCACAACUUAUACUCCAGUCAGCUGAGAAUAAAAAACAAUUGAAGGAUAUUGAGGAUAAGAUAUUGGAGGUGUUGAGUAGCAGUGAGGGGAAUAUUCUGGAGGAUGAAAGUGCCAUUGAAGUACUAUCAUCAUCAAAGAUACUGGCCAAUGAAAUAUCUGAAAAACAAGCUAUUGCUGAAGAGACUGAACAAAAGAUUGAUGUAGCCAGAAUGGGCUACACACCGAUUGCUACUCAUUCCUCCAUACUCUUCUUCUCUAUUGCUGAUAUGGCUAACAUUGAGCCCAUGUACCAGUACUCAUUGCCAUGGUUCAUUAACCUCUUCAAUAACUCCAUAGACUCUUCUGAGCGCUCAGAAGACCUUGAACAAAGAUUAAAGAUUUUACAAGAUCACUUCACUUACAGUUUGUAUUGCAAUGUAUGCCGAUCUUUGUUUGAGAAAGAUAAGUUGUUAUUUUCUUUCCUGUUGUGUGUCAAUUUGCUCAAACACACUCACGAGAUUGAAGAUGAUGAGUGGAGGUUCUUACUAACUGGAGGCAUUGGGCUGGACAACCCUCAUGCUAAUCCAUGUUCAUGGUUGCCCGAGAAGUCGUGGAAUGAGUUGUGUCGUUUAGAUGAUCUGGAGAGGUUUAAAGGCAUACGGAGUCGAUUUGCCCUUGAGGUCAACGACUGGAAGAAAAUAUACGAUAGUCUUGAUCCUCAGAAUGAGUCACUCCCUAAGGAUUGGAGCACCCGAUUGGAAAUGUUUCAGUUUUUGUUGGUCCUUAGAUGCUUGCGUCCUGAUAAAAUAGUGCCAGCAGUCCAAGACUUUGUUGUGGCUAAAUUAGGAAAGAGAUUCAUCGAGCCGCCUCCCUUUGAUUUAGGUGGUACAUUCAGUGACUCUCACAGCUGUGCUCCUCUCAUAUUUGUCCUCUCACCUGGAGCUGAUCCAAUGGCUGCCCUGCUCAAGUUUGCCGAUGAUCAAGGGUUUGGUGGGUCACGCUUAAGCUCCCUCUCUCUUGGUCAGGGACAGGGUCCUAUAGCAAUGAGGAUGAUUGAGUCAGCUCAGAAGGAAGGCUCCUGGGUUGUGCUCCAGAACUGUCAUUUGGCUACAUCAUGGAUGCCUACACUGGAGAAGCUUUGUGAAGAAUUGAAUCCAGACUCAUUGCAUCCUGACUUUAGAUUAUGGCUGACCAGUUACCCCAGUGAGCACUUCCCAGUCUCAGUAUUACAGAAUGGGGUCAAAAUGACUAAUGAACCACCCAAAGGCCUCAAGUCUAAUGUCAUCAGGUCUUACCUGGGCAACCCAAUAUCAGACCCAGAGUUUUUUGAUGGCUGUACUAAAAAGUAUGAGUGGAAGAAGCUCCUUUUUGGUUUGUGUUUCUUUCAUGCUCUUGUUCAAGAGAGGAGGAAGUUUGGGCCAUUGGGUUGGAAUAUACCGUACGAAUUCAAUGAGACUGAUUUGAGAAUAAGUGUACAACAAUUGCAAAUGUUUCUCAAUGAAUAUGAAGAGACUCCUUUUGCUGCCCUUGCAUAUUUAACUGGUCAGUGUAAUUAUGGUGGACGUGUCACUGAUGACUGGGAUAGACGUACCCUCUUAACCAUACUACACAAGUUUUAUUGUGCCGACAUUAUCAAAGAUGCUGAUUACAAGUUCUCCGUUAGUGGCACUUACUAUGCCCCACCUGAAGGAGAGUAUGAGAGCUACUUGGAGUAUAUUCGCAGUUUGCCUAUAAUUGCUGACCCUGAGGUAUUUGGAAUGCAUGCCAAUGCUGACAUCACUAAAGACCAGCAAGAAACUAAGUUACUUUUUGACAGUAUCCUCCUGACACAAGCAAGAACAACAUCUGGUGGAGGGAAAUCCAAUGAUGAGAUAUUGGAGGAAGUUGCUAGUGAUAUUUUAGCUAAACUACCCGAAAAUUUUGACACUGAAGAGGCUCUUCGUAAAUAUCCUACAACCUACUCUCAGAGUAUGAACACUGUUCUUGUUCAAGAAAUGGUUCGAUUCAAUAGCCUUAGCACAGUAGUGAGGAGCUCACUGAUAAACAUACGCAAAGCCAUCAAGGGUCUGGUUGUCAUGUCCAGUGAGCUGGAGGAGGUUGCCCAUUCAAUCCUAGCAGGAAGGAUCCCUGGACUCUGGAAGAAGAAGUCCUAUCCUUCAUUAAAACCAUUAGGGAGCUAUGUUAAUGACUUGCUAGCUAGACUUCAAUUUUUACAAGACUGGUAUAAUUAUGGGCCUCCUGUUACAUUCUGGAUAUCGGGUUUCUUUUUCACACAAGCUUUCCUUACUGGAGCUCAGCAGAAUUAUGCCAGGAAGUAUCGUAUUCCUAUUGAUUUACUAGGCUUUGAUUAUGACGUACUUCAAGAUAAGGAAUAUGAUGAGAUACCUGAUGAUGGUGUGUAUGUUAAAGGCUUAUUCAUUGAUGGAGCACGUUGGGAUCGCAAAACUAAACUAAUGGGGGAAUCCAUUCCUAAGAUGUUAACAGAUGCUAUGCCAGUGAUAUGGCUAAAGCCAUGCAAGAGAGAUGAAAUACCACCACGUAUGACGUACACAGUUCCAGUAUAUAAGACAAGUGAUCGACGUGGAGUUCUGUCGACUACUGGACACUCAACUAACUUUGUUGUAGCUAUGAAGAUACCUACUGAUAAACCAGAGGAGCACUGGGUUCAGAGAGGAGUUGCUCUUCUUUGUCAACUUGAUGACUAAUACUAUUAAUAAUAAAUAAUAAAAAUUAUGAUUCUGAAACUAUUACAGGUUGUAGCAUAGCUGUUUAUUUUCAAGCCACUAUUAAAUUAAUUAUUCUAUAAUAAUUAUUGUUAUUAAAGUAACUGUUUGUGUACAGAU